GCUCUGUGGCAGAUGCCUUGAUCCGCACCGCGCCGUACGGUAUUCUCAAUCUACAGUUCUCCGUAUACCGUGGGCCAAAUUGGCUUUUUUAGGACCUUGCAAAAGACCAAACGCUAUGCAGGGAUCUGCCAGUUAUAGCUGAUGUUGGCGAGUCGUGGAACAACAAGUGCAGCUGCCGACGACAGGCUUGCUGGAAGUGUAGCCCUACCUUCUCUGUAUCGCGCAAGCAGCGCAUGUCAUCUUUGUUGCGCAGAUAACCGUCGACCACGACGCCGACAACCACCACCACCACCACCACCACCAGGAUGGGUCUGGGAGUACUGGAAGAUCACAAGCUGGCCCACGUGCCUGGCACAGCGACGCUCGAAGACCUCGAUCCGGUAGCCUCUCUCGCGCGAGGAAACGAUACGUCGCGGUUAAAGAGGACUAAAAAGGGAGUGAUAUUGGUGCCACAGCCGAGCGACGACCCGAAGGACCCGCUGAAUUGGCCGCUAUGGAAGCGCGACGUGGUAUGCGGCGUCCUCUGCAUGAUGUCGGUCAUGGCUUCGACUCUGUCACCACUUCUCGCUGCGAAUACCCUCACCUUGACGCUCCACUUCGGAGAGAGCUUCACGAAGAUUGCCCUGUUGACCGGCUGGCAUUUGCUUGGUGUAGGUUUGGCAGGCUUCUUCUUCGUCGCCAGUGCUCGAGUUUGGGGCAAGCGCCAUCUCUACCUGCUGGGAACCGUCAUUAUUAUCCUCUCCUCUAUAUGGGGAGGAGCAAGUGGCAAGAGCUAUAAUUCUCUCGUAGCAGCACGAUUCUUCCAAGGAGUCGGUCUGGCGCCUUUCGAAGCCCUAGUCAACGUCAGUGUCGGAGAGCUCUACUUUGUCCACGAACGUGGCCUGCGCAUGGCAUUCAGCAAUCUCUGUCUGUUCGGAGGAGCGUUCUUCACGCCUGUCAUUGUCGGAAUCAUGACCCACAAGCUCGGCUGGGAGUGGACCUUCUACUUCAUCGCCAUUUUCACCACUGGCCUCCUUCCUUUUGUGGUCCUCUACUGUCCCGAGACCGCUUACGUCCGAGAUGAAAGCUUCAACGUUGACUCCCAUCUCCAACGCGGAGGAAAACAAGAUUUUGACAAUGAAUAUCGCUCCGAUUCCAGCCACGAACUCCGCAACAACAGCAAUACCAACGACACCGAAACCUUCACCCCCGAAAAAGCCGACAACACCGCAACAUCAGUCCAGGAUCGAGAUCACAGCAUCCAAAACAUCCAUCAAUACGCCCCUUUCACCUUCAUCACCCGCGAAAACAUCGCUCUCUUCUCCGGCCGCAAAACUUCGGAAAACUUCUUCCACGUCCUCCUUCGCCCCUUCCCUCUCUUCCUCCACCCUUCCUUCCUCUGGGCCUGUCUCACCCAAGGCAUGCUCAUCGGCUGGACCGUGCUCAUCGGCAUCGUCCUCGCAGCAAUCAUGCUCGGCGCCCCGCUCUGGUUCAACGAAGUCGAAACCGGCUACAUGUACACGGGCGCCUUUGUGGGAGCCCUCAUCGGUUUCGCCAUCUCAGGCCUCAUGGGCGACGCCUUUAUGAUCCGACUCACCAAACUGAACAAUGGCAUCUACGAACCCGAAUUCCGCAUGCUACUCGUCAUCCCCAUGAUGAUCAUCGGGUGCGCCGGCAUCUUCGGCUUCGGCAUCACGGGAAACAAUACCUGGAAAUACGGCUGGUUCUGGCCCGAUUUCUUCUUUGGAGCCGAAGUCGCCGGCAUGGUCUUGGGUGCCGUGUCGAGUGCCCUCUACAUUGUCGAUGCCCAUCGCGAAUUGGCCAUUGAGGGUUUCACCUGUCUGUUGGUGUUUAAGAAUAUUUUCAGUUUUGGUCUGACGUUUUCGGGAUAUGACUGGUUGCGGGAUGCAGGAAUCAGUCCUGUGUUUCGGGAUGUGGGAAUUGUGCAGGUGGUGAUUUGUUUAUUGACUGUGCCCAUGUACGUUUUUGGAAAACGUUGGAGAAGUUAUGCUGCGAGAAAGGAUUUUCUCGGAAAAUUGAAAGUGAAGCAGUGAAAGUCAGUACCUACCUGAAGUAAGUACAUGUAUUCAGGUGAAAAGCCUACUUAUAGGGUGGAAGACAAAGCGAAAGCACACCCGACCGACUCAUAUAGAGAAUGGGGCUGGCCAAUUAGAAUUUAGAAUUUCGCCCUGAUUUAUUUUUAUUGUUAAUAUGUCUUAUCUGCCAGUCAAAUGGAUGCUAGAAGAAGAGAAAAUAGAUUUGUCGCCUGCAAGUGGAUCAUCAAUUUGUAGGUAUGUACCGAAGGCAAUACAUAUAGGUACGGGGGAAGGACCGCUUGCUUGCUUCUUCUUACCAUAUCAUGCCUCUUCUAGGGGUUGAGUCUACCUAGGUGUAUUAGAACUAGGCCCUACCAUACAUCCAUCAUAGGUCUGGAAAAGCCAAUCAUUCACUCCUUUGACACAUCGCAUCCUGCCCUGCCUCGUACAUGCUCUCCUUUCAAUCGCUGCACACACACUCACAUACUUCGAAUACCGACCUCGAUCCUCAUGAUUUCUUCGACUCUGUUUCGCGCCAGCUAAUGAUGCCAUCGACAAUGAUGCCCUCCCACGUCGUGUCUCCCAAUACCAGCUGUGCCCGGAACUCCUUCUGAACCGUCGUAGGCGGCCGACUCGAUCCAUGGGCAUCAUGAUGUUCAAAGCCUGCUCGCUCGAACAUUUCCCGCUCGCUCACUUCGCUGGCCUCCACCACUGUCGAUUCGUCAGUGAGGGUGUCGUGGCGUGCAGGCGCUUUCACUCUGGUGGUCGAGUUCAAGUUGGUUGUGGUGUGGUCCUACGCAUCACUGAUCUUGUCCUCGAUCAAAUCGGGUAUGUCUUCGGGUUUCUUGUUGCCGGCCAGAACGUUGUAUACUGCAGUGAACAAGGGGAACUCUUGCUCUUGACCCUCCUUCUUCAAGAAAGCAUUCACUUCAUACGCUGUACUCGUGCCUUGUAGUUUCUGUCCGUUCAAUUCUCUCUCCUCAAUCUCGCCGAUGGAUUUACCUUCUUUCACGGACAUCUUUGCACAGCGGAAGUUUCUGCCGCCUGAGCAGGAAGUGAUCAAAUCUGCAACUCCGCAGGAUUCUUCGGUAAAAGUCUCGGUUCGUACGCUGUUGCUGAAGAAGGUUCUGCCGAAUUUGACUUCUUCCAUGAUUCCCACUCGCAUGACGGCGGCUUUGGCGUUGUCACCCCAGCCGAGCCCAUCGACCCAACCUGCUGCGAGAGCGACGAUGUUCUUAAGAGCUCCGCCGAGGGAGACACCUGCGACAUCAUGGACCAUGCGGACGUGAAAGUAGGGGCGAUGGAAGAGCUUCUUCAUGUUCGCGUGAUUGAGAGGAGGGUACUCCGCCGGCAGGGCCUGCAGCUUUGUGUCCUUGCUCAGCCCACUGACAUCUGCUUCCGAGCCUCGUCGCGAUCCUACUGGCGUGGGAUGUUUGCUGUCCAUGUCCGGCGGGUCGUAAGCUACAGUGGUCUCGGACCACUUCUCCUGCGCAACCUCUGUCGCAAUAUUUGCUCCACUCAGCGCGCCACAGUAGAUGCCUAGCUUCUGUCCAAUACUCUCGCUGAACAAAUGACACUGGUUCUCAGUCACCUCGACGCCUUUGAUACAGCUGAUUCCUCUUGCAAACGGGACAAUAUGUCCUUCGAGAGUCGCACACGUUCGGGCAAUGAACUGGUGAGGAAGGUUGAAUAUGAGAAUGGUCGCAUCUUUGGCAGCGGCUACAAGAUCUGGAUUGGCGACGAUGUUGGAGGGUAUGGGAAUAUUGGGCAGGUAUUUGACGUUUUCGUGCUUGGAGUUGAUGACUUCGGUGAGCUUUUGCUGCUUGUCGUCGACUGUGACUUGCUCUUCAAACACCCACAUCUGGACUUCCUGUUCGAAUAGAUCGGGGUUCGCGUUGGUGUUUUCUGCCACGACUUUGGCGAUUGUUGUCCCCCAAUUGCCUGAGCCGAUAAUGGCGACUUUGUGUUUCUUCGAGGCGCUGCCGAGGGUCGCCAUGUCGGAAGUGUACGAGAGCGGAGAAGAGGAGAGUUGGCGAUGUCGAGGGAGGGUAAGGAGUGGUAGUGGUAGGAGUCGUCGAGAGGUGCAGGUGGUUGUCUGGAAGUGCGGAUAGCGAGAGUGUGAGGGUGGAACGAAGGAGCAGGUGCUAGAACUAGAACGAGAAGUACUUGUACGGCCGAAGAAGUGCCUGGUGAAGAUGGUAGUCGAAGUGGAAGAGAAAGGACGAAGGGACAUUCCAGCUCGUCUACUACUAUUCACUUACAAUCCUCCUCGUCCUCCUCUAGCCAGCCUCUGGAGGUAGUUGGGACAAGGAGUGAUAUGGUAAUAUAGUAAGCAGGUACUAG